UUACCUUAUCUAAGUAGCAUGGAAGUAGUCCAAUUUAGAAAACCAGUAAGAUGGUUCUGGUUUAUUCGAGCCAUGUUUUUUGCAUUAGUCGACUUGAUCUUUAACAACUCACUAAACACUACGAACAAGAUCGAAUAAGCGGACUGGAAUGGAUUAGCUCAACAACCAUGAUCUGUACAGCGCUCCAUCUCCCUAAUAUAAAUACGGCUACACCCUUCUUGUCGCUACUCUAGAAGCAUCCCAGAACUCACGUACGUCACACGAGAAAAGCAGACAACAACAGCAUACUUUGGACCAUGGCACCCCAGUCAUUCCCACAAUUCCAGGCGCUGCCUGCCGAGAUCCAGCGCCAUGUGUUUGACAUGGCCGCCGCCAACGCCGCAGCUGACGAAUUCGAGCGCAAUCUUAUAUCGGCAACCCACAUGGUGAUUUACAUCACCGAAAUGCCCCAGAAGCACGCCAUUCCUAGCACCCCAGAUCCGAGGUAUUACCUGAACAUUGAUCGCACAGCAGAACAGGAAGAGGCCCGCCAGCCCCUCUUGAGCCUCUGUCCUGAUGCCAGAGCAGCCAUGGCAGCAAAGGAGGUGUUCGAGGUCACCAUGCUCCCAUGGGACUUGGAGAACCUGGUGGGCAGCUCAGGGCUGCCUAUUUAUAGCGGAGCGACGCAAGAAUUGCUCAUCACCCAGCCGCCGCCGGCGGUCAACGAGCCUCGGUACAACGCCAAACAGGUUCUUAUGGUAAUGACACACGUCUUUGGAACCAAGAAUCAAGCUUGGGUUCGGCGCCAUGAAUCUGGCAGGUCUCAUCAUGGAUACAUUCCCGGGUCUCAUAUCUGAGUCACAAGAGGAAGUCUUUGAAGAAGGCCAGCUCCCAAAUGGCGAAUUCGAGGACCAGCAGAGCAGGGUGUUUAGUGUACAGACGGACCGUAUGGAGCUGUUGGCUGGUUCCCACAAAGAGUCGUACGGAGAGAUUAUCCGCCAGUAUCCCGAUGGACGGACUCUUGUCAACUGGGGCGUGAAGAACCGCUGGAAGACUGCCGAGAAUGGCUGUCCGGAAGCGGUCACAAGGGUCUCUCUUCAGCAGCUGGCUAAGCUGUCCAAAGAGUACUCCCCAAACCUCGAGUAUGUCUCGGUUCUGUGCCGGUUCAGAGUCGAGUAUGCGCAUCCUCCCUCCGUCCUUGGCGCUUUCUACUACUCCUAG